AUGGGCCGCCUCCACACAGACGAUCGCGCAUCUUCCCACUCGCUUCAUUCCCUCGAAGGAGACGACCUGCCACCUCCUUACACUGAUGAAGACAUUCCUCCCGUUCUGACCUCUACCCCCGGGGUCGCUCCUCUACCACUCCAUCUCCAUCUCGUUGACUCAGCCUACAUUCUUCCCGACUCCGACUCCAGAACCGACAUUAAGCGGGUAAUCUCCCUCGCGCCGUCCCUCUCAGUGAACAGCGAUGGACUCUUCUACUCUAUCCGCAGGCAGAUGAAGCUGCCCCCGCGACCGCUUCUUUAUAUCCGUGGCUCACACACCGAAUCGACCAAUGAUGGAAAAAAAAAGGCAUGCGACCGGACAAUAAGCAUAAAUUGGGUGGAGGAGGAAGUACUCAAUGAUGAGGACUGCAAAUCUGCCUAUCGCGGUGGAAGAGCAAAGUCGCGAACAUAUAAGGCGCCCUCAUCCCGCGUUCUUCGUUCAGAGGACAGCGAUGCCCUUCUCGCUUCGGAUGAAGCCCUCGGAAUUGACGACGCAAAUAACCAGCCCGCUACGGCCAAUGAGGCUCAACUGAAGCUGUGGUGCGAUAGAUUCUGCAACGACCCAUCUCCUGUCAAAUCGUUUACCCUCCAACGCAAACUGAAAGGCUUCAGUUGGAAGGCCAUGCGCAACGUCCUUGACUCGCACAUCCGCACUCUCAAUUACCGCGGCUCAAUCAACUUCAAUUUUGUCGUCGCCCAGGAAUCCGUCACCAUCUAUUCUCCGCAUUGGAUCAACCGCAUGCGCGCAAACCGCUACAUCUGGUGGAUAAUCGUCAUCCUCCAGCUCUGGAUCAUUACGUGGCCUGUAAUCUGGUUCCUGGAGAAGCGGUACGAGACGGUACACACGUGCUGGAAUGCUUCAUUAGACUGUGAUGCCGACUCUGGUCUCGUCAAAAUCUACGCUCGUGGUCGGGAUGAGCCCACCCUGGGGGAGUUCUGGGCUCCGGCUGUCAAACAAAUGGCGUGGAGCCGAAGACGUGGACAGGCCGAUACACUGACAAGAAUGGAUGCGGAACGCGUCCAGGGGUGGACUACGGAACAGCUCCUUGGUCUCCAGGAACGGAGUGGCUCUGAGGCAGAACGGGAGCGGCGUGAGCGAGUCAACAGAGGUGCUGGUGGAUUUGUUGACCAGGUGGUGGGACUUGUUCGGGGAAUUGGAGAGGCCAGACAAGAUUUGAGAUUGUCAACGGGCUGGGGAGCCAAUUCCUAA